GAAACGUCAACGUCACUCGCCAAGAUGCGCUGCCUGUGUGUUUGCUCGCUUCUUCUGCUGGUCUCCGCUACGAAUGCUGGCUGGGUGGACGAGAUCAUCAGCCAGGUGGGCGGGCUGUUCCACUCCUACGAGGAAGCUCCGUACACAGUCGAUGCUAAGCACACCGGCUACGAGGAGCGAACGUACCCCGCCAAGAAGUGGGUUUGUUCGGAGGAGAUGUCCGAAGAUGGAACAAGGGUCAUGGAACAGCUUUUCUGGCGUCUGUUCCGCUACAUCGACGGCGAGAACCUGGCGGAGGUCAAGAUCCCCAUGACCGUGCCGGUGACCACGGAGUUCACCGCAAAUCGCGAGCAGGACAGCUACAAGAUGUGCUUCUUCGUCCCCGAACAGAUGCAGGAAAACCCGCCCACGCCCACCAACGCCAAGAUCGUGAUCGAUCUUCGCCCUGAGAUGACCGUUUUCACUAGGACUGUGGGAGGAUACAUGGUCACCACCAGUGACUGGCUGUCCGAAGCCGCGAACUUGUCCGAACUCGUGGAGGAUGACGGGAUAAAAGUCUCGCUCGUCCAUAUGUUCUGGGCUGGCUACGACGCGCCGCUGAAGUACUGGUGGCGCCGCAAUGAGGUCUGGUUCCCCAAGGUCUAAGGGCCGAUAGAUAGCAAUAAGGUCUUGUACAGCCCUUGCUCCAGGGUCCGGUCUACUCGACAGCCUCACGACCUCUCAGGAAAAUCCGUAAUGGUUGUGAAAUAUGGCCUUUGUUUUGUUAACCGUAGUAGGUAAUGAUAUAACUUUCCCUGGCAUUUUAAAUUCAUU